AUGUCGCGCCAUAACAGCGUGGAUCUAGACUCCCCCGAUCGGCCUUUCGACAACAUCAUCAAUUUCCGUGAUGUCGGCCGGUCGGUUAAUCAAUUUUGUCGCAAAGAAAUAUUGAAAGAAGGCGUGUUCUUUCGCAGCGCAAGGCUCGAUGAUGCUUCGGAACGAGAUAAACGUCGUCUAGAGGAAGAACUCAACAUUCACACUGUCAUCGAUCUCCGUUCCCAAACAGAACACCAAAUGGGCACAAAAAAGCGUCGCGCUCAAAAUGCCAAAUCAGAUCAAUCAGAAAAAUCACCAGAUCCCAUCCCAACAAACCCAGACGAACACCUCCUCCAAAUCCCCGGCUCACAGAGAGCCCUAAUAAGCCUCACGGGCAAAGGCUUCGAACGCGCCUUAUUAUCUAGACUGGACUGGUUGACAUAUUUCAAAAUCAUCGCCCUCGUAACAACAGGCUACCGCAGCGAUGCCGUGCGUCUAGUCUGCGGCACCGCCAUGCAACCGCGUGGCCUAACAGGUCUAGCACAAGACACCUUGGAUUCAAGCAUGAACGAGAUGCGCUCCGUAUUUGAGAUCCUAGCUCGCGAGGAGUCAUAUCCCACAUUAGUGCAUUGCACACAAGGCAAAGACCGAACAGGUCUGGUGAUAUUACUCGUAUUACUUCUUGUCGGGGGUGUUCCGGUUGACGCGAUUGUGGAUGAUUACAGCCGGUCUGAGCUGGAGCUUGUGUCUGAGUUUGAAGAGAGAAUGGAGGAAAUCAGGGCUCUUGGACUCGGAGAAGAUUAUACGCGCUGUCCGCCUGGCUUCGUUGCUGAGACGACGAAAUAUCUGGAGACUAGGUAUGGGGGUGUGAGGGGGUAUUUGGAACGGGUUGGGAUUGGGUUUGACAUGCAGGAGAGGAUUAGGGGGAAGUUUUUGAUUUAG